GUACCUACGUAUGCAUAAUAUGUAUGAUGUAUAUAUAAGUACCAAUAAGUACGUUAUAGCAGUUUUUCUGUCUAGCGUUUAUUUUUCGGGACCCCGGACUUUCUAUACAGCAGUACAUUCUCCAUCUGCCGAAAUUAUUUAAAAUUAAUAUUCCUUUUGAUUGUGUUGUGUUAAAAGACAAUCAUGAGGUUACUACCUCAACUCUUUUGUGUCUUGGUGGUACUCCAUUGUUCAUACGCUCCACCUGUAACUCCAGAUAAAGCAAAGGACAGUGAAAUAAAAGAUGACUUAGAGGAGUAUAUGGAGUAUCAUAGGUAUUUGAAAGAAGUAGUGCAAGCUCUAGAAAGUGAUCCAGAUUUCAGAGAACGUCUAGAGAAAGCUGAUGAAGAGGAUGUGAGGUCGGGUAAAAUAGCUGAGCAACUUGAUUUCGUUAAUCACAAUGUUCGGACGAAACUGGAUGAAAUUAAACGUCGUGAGUUAGAGAGACUUCGCCAUCUUGCAACAAAGCAAUAUGAGCUCACCAACAACCUUGAUACACAUGUGGGAAAAGUACCAACUAACGAACAUUUGGACCAUGGUAAUCCACACACUUUCGAGAUUGAAGAUCUCAAGCGUCUCAUUAAGAAGACUACAGAAGAUUUACAUGCUGCAGAUAAGAAGAGAGAGCAAGAAUUCAAGGAAUAUGAGAUGCAAAAAGAAUUUGACAAACAUCAAAAGUUGGAAGGUAUGGAUGAAACACAAAAAAAGGAAUUCAUGGAAAAGCAGAAACAAGAGGAGGAUGCCAAGAAACAUCAUCAACCGCUUCACCAUCCCGGUUCUAAACAACAACUGGAAGAGGUGUGGGAGAAACAGGAUCAUAUGGACCAACAGUUUGACCCUAAAGUAUUCUUCAUGAUGCAUGAUGUUGAUGGUAACGGAGCCUGGGAUGCUGACGAAGUUAAAGCUCUGUUUAUAAAGGAGUUGGACAAGUUGUACGGUCCCGGUGGGCCCAAUAAGGAUCUGCACGAGAGGGCGGAGGAAAUGGAGAGAAUGCGCGAGCAUGUAUUCAAGGAGAACGAUCUCAACCGUGACGGAUUGAUUGACUUCAACGAGUUUAUGACAAAAACACAAAAUUCUGACUUCAAUCAGGAUGAGGGUUGGAAAUCAAUAGAUGAGAAUCAAAUUUAUUCACAGGCAGAGUACCAAGAAUAUGAAAGGCGAAGAUUAGAAGAGCUGCGUUAUUUGCAACAGCGUGGUUUAGUGGAUGCCCAUGGUAGACCAUUACCCGGCGCUGAACAUCAGAUCCAUCAAGCUAUCCAACAGCAUCAGGCGUAUCAGCAACAUCAGGCAUAUCAGCAGCAAGCUUACCAACAGCAGUACCAUGGCCAACAAUAUCCACAGGGCCAAAUGCCUCCCCAAGGUUACCAGCAAGUUCCUGGUCAAGUUCCUCAACAAGUUCAUAUGCCCCCAGGCCAAGCUCCUCCUCAAGGCUAUCAGCCACAAUAUCAACCACCUCAAGGCCAAUAUCCAAACCAACCUCCUCAAGCUCACCCCGGACAAUAUCAAGUGCCAACAAAUCAGAACAAUAACCAAGGAAUACCGCCGCCCGUUCAAGCCCAGGCGGUCAACGUACAAGGUUCGAACACGCAAGGGCAACAAGCUCAACUAGGCCAAGGUCAACCUCAAGGGCAAGUUCCACAAACUCAGGGACAAGUGCCGCAGAAUCAAGGACAGGUACCGCAGAAUCAAGGACAAGUUUCCCAGAAUCAAGGUCAAGUACCACAGAAUCAAGGACAAGUACCACAGAAUCAAGGACAAGCCCCACCAGCUCAAAAUCAAGCUCAGAGCUAUUCGCCUCCCGCUCAAGGACAAGCCCAGCAAGUGCCUCCUCAACAACCUCAACAUAGUUAAUUAUGUAAUUAGUUCAAGCAGAAAGAGCAUAAACUGAAUCUUUGUUCCCAAAUAAUUCUACUCCUUAUUUAUUCACGGUACGUUGUUCAAGACAAUGUUUUUUUUUUUAUUUUGCCUAACACCCCUAUAAUAAAUCAAUAAAUUAUGCAAGUACAAAGAGAUAAUUAAAGAAUAUAUAUAAUAUUAUUUAAAUAAAUUGAUAAAAAAAUGUGUCCCAUUUUCCAGAUCUAAAUGAACAGACAAUGAUUAAACGAAUUGCAUUUAUACUUGAAUCAUGAUUAUUUUUGUUCAGUUAGAAUAUUUACAAAAAAUACUAUUGGUUUGACAGAAAAAUCCCUUCCUAAGAACUAAGCAGUAGAAUUAGUGGGUACACGUAUAUUAAUGAAAUAUCUAUCCAUUUGAACAAUCAGUUUAUUGACUCCCGAUUUGAUUAUGCAUAACAAUAUAUGUGUGUAUGGUAAAGGAUCCGACCUAGCUAUUUGACCGCUUUGGGCAAAAAAUACAUUUACCAUCUUUUGCACUACUAAUCUCCAAAUAAGUAAUAUCUCAAUGUUCCCGUCUCUCUUUUGUGCCGCUCUGGAAAAUUGUCUAUCUCUAGAUAGGGCUCUGAUUACUCUUCACAAAUUGUGCCAAAUUAGAGAUUCUUCACUUUCAUACUCAUUUAAAUUGAUCUAAGAGUGACUUGACAAAUUUAACAUUAACGUGUUUUAGUGUAGGUUUUUUUGAUAAAAACUAUUCAAGUUUGAUUAUAUUUAUUGCUACAAUGUUAUUUAUUGCAGCUUUCAUUAUUGGUGCACUUUUUUGUAUGUCUUAUAAAUUCUAAUUACUUUCUAAAUAAAUUAUUGUUCUAGCAAAAUU